CCGGAAACAGAAAACAGCAGGGCAGUGGCCGAAGAAGACUGUUUACCGUUUUCCUUGAUUAGCGAUUGGAAAAAUAACACAAUUAAAUGAAAAUAAACAGUGAUUAAAUGUCUUGUGCAUGACUUGUUCUAUUCACAUCCCAUUUGAGUCACCACAAUGACAGCCAUCAAGCACGCCCUCCAGAGGGACAUCUUUACGCCCAACGAUGAGCGUCUCCUCAGCAUUGUCAACGUCUGCAAGGCGGGGAAGAAGAAGAAGAACUGCUUCCUGUGUGCCACAGUCACCACAGAGAGGCCUGUGCAGGUGAGGGUGGUGAAGGUGAAGAAGUCAGACAAAGGGGAUUUCUACAAGCGACAGAUGGCCUGGGAACUGAGGGAUCUGGCUGAAGUGGAUGCAAAAGAUGCCAGCAAGGAGAACCCAGAGUUUGACCUCCAUUUUGAGAAGGUGUAUCGAUGGGUGGCCAGCAGCACAGCUGAGAAGAAUUCCUUCAUCUCCUGCAUCUGGAAGCUGAAUCAGCGUUACCUGCGGAAGAAGGUGGAGUUUGUGAAUGUCAGUUCCCAGCUGCUGGAAGAGUCAGUCCCCAGUGGUGAGAGUCAAAGUGUUGCCGGGGGUGACGAGGAUGCUCUGGAUGACUACCAGGAGCUGAAUGCCCGUGAGGAGCAAGACAUCGAGGGCAUGAUGGAGGUGUGCGAGUACGCCAUCUCUAAUGCUGAGGCCUUUGCUGAGAAACUCUCCAAAGAGCUACAGGUUCUGGAUGGGGCCAACAUCCACUCCAUCAUGGCAUCUGAGAAGCAGGUGAACAUCCUGAUGCAGCUGCUGGACGAGGCUCUGUCAGAGGUGGACACCAUCGAGGGCAAGAUGAGCAGCUAUGAGGAGAUGCUGCAGAGCGUCAAGGAGCAAAUGGACCAGAUCUCCCAGAGCAACCGCCUCAUCCAGAUCAGCAACACCAACAACGGCAAGCUCCUGGACGAGAUCCAGUUCCUGGUGAACUACAUGGACCUGUCGAAGGGACACAUCAGGGCCCUGCAGGAAGGAGACCUCUCCUCCUCCAAAGGCAUUGAGGCCUGUAUCAAUGCCUCUGAGGCUCUACUGCAGUGCAUGAAUGUGGCACUCAGACCAGGUCAUGAGAAACUGAUGUCUGUGAAGCAGCAGCAGCACCUGUUCACUGAGCUCAGAGAUACCUUUUCCCGGCGCCUCACCAACCACCUCAACAACGUGUUCGUCCACCAGUUCAACCACUUCAGUCACUUCAAAAUGACCAUCCCUCAGUUCUAUAGGUCCUCCUGUAUGUCACUUCCAGGCCAUGACCAAAGCUCCGUGCUCUCCCAGCACAUGGCAGAGCUGACCCUGCCUAAACACAGCCCCCUACACAGGGACCUGCUACAUUACGCCAAGCUCAUGGAGUGGCUCAAGAACACCCAGAGAGAGAAGUACGAAGGCCUGUCCAGGACUUAUGUUGAUUACAUGACAAGAUUAUAUGAACGAGAAAUCAAAGAUUUCUUUGAGGUGGCGAAGAUCAAAAUGGCGGGCACAGCCAAGGAGGGGAAGGGAAAUAAGUUUGCCACGCUUCCGCGGAAAGAGAGUGCUUUCAAACAGGAAACGGAAAGCCUGCAUGGCAGCUCCGGGAAGCUUACAGGCUCCACCUCCAGUCUGAAUAAGCUGGCAGUGCAGAGCUCCAGCAGCAGGCGCUCCCAGUCCUCCUCACUGCUGGACAUGGGCAACAUGUCUGCCUCAGACCUGGAUGUGGCCGACAGGACCAAGUUUGACAAGAUCUUUGAGCAGGUUCUUAGUGAGCUGGAGCCUCUCUGUCUAGCAGAACAAGACUUCAUCAGCAAGUUCUUCAAGCUACAGCAGCACCCCACCCUGGCUCAGGGAGAAGUGGAGGAAUCGGAUGGGGUGGUGCCCUCCAGACAGCCACCUCCAGGGGAGUACAGACACUUCAUAUCAUCGACUGAGAAGGACAUGGUGCGGUUGAUGAUGAACAAGGUCUUCCAGAGCAUUGAGACAGAACUUAACAGCCUCAUCACUCUGGGAGACAAGAUUGACACCUUCCACUCCCUGUACAUGUUGGUGAAGAUGAGUCAUCACGUGUGGACGGCAGAGAAUGUGGACCCUGCCUCCUACCUCAGCACCACCCUCGGCAACGUGCUGGUCACCGUCAAAAGGAACUUUGACAAGUGCAUUUCGGGUCAGAUCAGACAGAUGGAGGAGGUUAAGAUCUCUAAGAAGAGCAAGGUGGGCAUCCUGCCCUUUGUCACUGGGUUUGAGGAGUUUGCUGAGCUGGCUGAAACCAUCUUCCGUAAUGCAGAGCGCAGAGGAGAUCUGGACAAGGCAUAUGUCAAACUCAUCAGAGCUGUCUUCAUGAAUGUGGAGAAAGUGGCCAAUGAGAGUCAGAAGACGCCCCGUGACGUGGUGAUGAUGGAGAACUUCCAUCACAUCUUCUCCACACUGUCCCACCUUAAGAUCUCCUGCCUGGAGACAGAGAGGCGAGAGGCCAAACACAAGUACACAGACCACCUGCAGUCCUAUGUCAUCAACUCCCUGGGACAGCCCCUAGAGAAACUCAAUCACUUCUUUGAGGGAGUGGAGGCACGUGUGGCCCAGGGCGUACGUGAGGAUGAGGUGAGCUACCAGCUGGCGUUCAACAAACAGGAGCUGCGUAAAGUGAUAAAGGAGUACCCCGGCAAGGAGGUAAAGAAGGGACUGGACAACCUGUACAAGAAGGUGGACAAGCAUCUGUGUGAGGAAGAGAGCCUGUUACAGGUGGUGUGGCAUUCCAUGCAGGAUGAGUUCAUCCGUCAGUACAAGCACUUUGAAGGCUUGAUUGGCCGUUGCUACCCUGGGUCUGGAAUUACCAUGGAGUUUACCAUUGGAGACAUGUUGGAGUACUUCUCAAGCAUUGCUCAAUCACAUUAAUUGCAAGUGUGUGUGUGUGUGUACGUACUGGACAAAAAUAUAAAUGCAACAAUUUCAAAGACUUUACUGAGUUACAGUUCAUAUUAAGAAAUCAGUCCAUUUAAAUAAAUAAAUUAGGCCCUAAUCUAUGGAUUCCAUAUGACUGGGAAUACAAAUAUGCAUCUGUUGGUUAGAUAACUUUAAUAAAUAAAAUAAAAAUUAGAUAACUUUAAUAAAUAAAAUAAAAAGUAGGGGCGUGGAUCAGAAAACCAGUCAGUAUCUGGUGUGACAACCAUGUGUCUCAUGCAGCGCGACAUACCUCCUGUGCAUAGAGUUGAUCAGGCUGUUGAUUGUGGCCUGUGGAAGGUUGUCCAACUCCUCUUCAAUUGCUGUGUGAAGUUGCUGGAACACGCUGUCGUAGACGUUGAUCCAGAGCAUCCCAAACAUGCUCAAUGGGUGACAUGUCUGGUGAGUAUGCAGGCCAUGGAAGAACUGGGACAUUUUCAGCUUCCAGGAAUUCUGUACAGAGGGGCGACAUGGGGCUGUGCAUCACGCUGAAACAUGAGGUGAUGGCGGCGGAUGAACGGCACGACCAUGCUCCUCAGGAUCUUGUCACGAUAUCUCUGCGCAUGGAUAUUGCCAUCGAUAAAAUGCAAUUGUGUUCGUAGUACGUAGCUUAUGCCUAUCCAUACCAUAACCCCACUGCCACCAUGAGGCACUCUGUUCACGUUGACAUCAGCAAACCGCUCGUCCACACCGCUGCCAUCAGCCCGGUACAGUUGAAACGGAUAAAUCUGGGGAGCACACUUCUCCAGCGUGCCAAUGGCCAUCAAAGGUGAGCAUUUGCCCACUGAAGUUGGUUACGACCCUGGUGAGGACAAUGAGCAUGCAGAUGGUCCCGCAGGUGAAGAAGCCGGAUGUGGAGGUCCUGGGCUGGUGUGGUUACACGUGGUCUGCGUUUGGGAAGCCAGUUGGACGUACUGCAAAAUUCUUUAAAACAAUUUUGGAGGUGGUUUAUGGUAGAGAAAUUAACAUUCAAUUUCUUGCAACAGCUCUAGUGGAGUCAGCAUGCCAUCCUGCAGUCAGCAUGCCAAUUGCACACUCCCUCAAAACUUGAGACAUCUGUGGCAUUGUGUGACAAAACUGCACAUUUAAAAGGAGCCUUAUUGUCCUCGAGCACAAGGUGCACUUAUGUAAUGAGCAUGCUGUAUAAACAGCUUCUUGAUAUGCUACACCUGUCAGCUGGAUGGAUUAUCUUGGCAAAGGAGAAAUGCUCACUAACGGGGAUGUAAACAAAUGUGUGCACUUUAGAGAAGUAAGCUUUUUCUGGGAUAUUUUAUUUCAGCUCACGAAACAUAGGAACAGGACUUUACAUGUUGCAUUUAUAAGUUUGUUCAGUAUAACAUUACACAUGCUCUUUGUUGCGUCAUAGUGCUUCACACAAAAUAAACAUUAUUUACUGGAAUCAAUCCGGCGUUGCUGUGUGUGUGUGUGGCCAAUAUAAAGUACAUUGAAUGAAACUGAUUGAACUGCACUUGAAAUUGUCUGGAAGGGAAUGAAUUGAACAGUUGUCAAAAGGUAGUGUGUGUGCGUCUGUCAGGUAGCCUAGUGGCUAAGAGCAUUGGGCCAGUACCCGAAAGGUUGCUGGUUCAAAUCCCAGAGCCAACUAGGAGAAAAAUCUGCCGAUGUCCCUUGAGCAAGGCACUUUAAUUAAGCCUGUAAGUCGCUCUGGGUAAGUGUUUGCUAAAUGACUUCUGUGUGUGUGUUCAUAUUUGCACAUGUUACUGAUUUCUCAUUAAAUUGUAAUUGUGUGA